CGUCAUUCCUGUUACAGUUCCACUUUUGCUUUGCUCUCCUUUACGCAUUGCACUUCUCUGAACAGACAUGGCAGUAAAAUCGACUGCUAUAAAGUAUGAACCUGCUGGUACCAGGAGCACAAAAGGCCUGUUCCUGAUUUGCAUUCUGCUCAGCCUCUUCUGCUUUUCGAGUUCCCACCUCACCAAAGAGAAGCUGAAGCAGUUAAAGGAAGCGCUGGAGAAAAAUAAGGAAGCAUUUGAGAAAAUUAAGGCUUAUCAAGAGAAAAGAAUUGGUCUCUCUUCAGAGUUAAAAAAUUACAUCAAGUUAAUGGAUUUCAUGACGGAAGAGAUGAAGGAACACAAGGAAGAACUUCCUGAAGACUAUCCGUCACUGGAGCGAUUUGUGAAGAACGUGAAGGAUAUUGUUGAGGAGGGAAAUGUUAAUGAAAAGGAGGAAAAUGAUAAGUUUGCUAGAAAAGUGGAGAAGAUGAAAAACAGCAUCAAGAAAGCAGAGAUGUUAAUUAGUCAAUUGGAGGAGCGGCAGGCUGAGUUAUAACUCCAAGAUGUCGAUGAGGAUUUUCACACUCGUCUCUGAAGAUUUAGUUGUUUGUUUGGGGGGAGGGUUUCCCAGCUUCGACCUUCAUCACUAGAAAACUCUCUGAAAUGCAAUAAAAGUAAAGUUCAUGAAAAUAAUUGCCAACUGUUUUGAUUUUAAAUAUGUUUGCAAUGACUCUUCACAGUGAAGUGAUGCCUGUUAAAGAAUAAGAUAUUCAAAGAGAAAUUAAUAGUACAUUGUUUAUGGCAAGUCUUAAAACAUGUUUUGCUGUACGUUUCUCAGGUUUUAUUUUGUAUGCAAAAUUAACAACUACUUUUGGUUCCUUCUUGCUGCUAAUUAUGA